AUGUCUGAACUGCAUGUUCCUGUAGAGCUUCCUGUGUUAGAUUUAUCUGAACCUGCGGACGUCUCAUUUUUGUCUUCCCUUUCUCAAGCCUGUCAAGAAUGGGGCUUCUUUUAUGUUACCAAUCAUGGGAUCUCAAAAAACUUGUUCAGAAAAAUUUGCUCACUUUCGAAGCAUAUCUUUAGCCUUCCUCCUGAUUCUAAGCUCAAGCUCGGUCCGUCAUCAUGCUUAAAAACCUAUACUCCUCAUUUCAUAGCCUCUCCUUAUUUUGAAAGCCUAAUAGUGUCCGGACCAGACUUCUUUGCGUCUGCUAAGCGUUCUGCUGAUGAACUCUUUAGUCAGCAAAAUCCCGAAUUUAGUGAGAUAUUACAGGAAUAUGGAAACAAGAUGGUCGAAUUAUCAAAGAAAAUCAUAAAAGUUUUAUUAAUGACUUUGGGAGACGGUUGUGACAGGAAGUUUUGUGAAUCAGAUUUGAGCCACUGCCAUGGAUAUUUCAGGAUUGUAAAUUAUUCGCCACCAAAGGAUGUGGAAGAAAAGGAGGUUGAAGGGCUUGGAAUGCACACUGAUAUGAGUUGUAUAACCAUUGUCUAUCAGGAUGAGACUGGUGGACUGCAAAUGAGAUCUAAGGAAGGGGAUUGGCUGGACGUACGUCCAUGUGAGGAUUCUCUUGUUGUUAACAUUGGUGAUCUGAUGCAGGCUUGGAGUAACGGAAGGUUAAGAUCAUCUGAACACCGGGUUGUUUUAAAGCAUUUUGUAAAUCGCCUCUCUCUUGCUUUCUUUUGGUGCUUCGAGGAUGACACGGUGAUCCUGGCACCCGAUGAAGUUGUGGGAGAAGGAAACCAGAGGACUUACAAGUCAUUUGUUUGCUUGGAUUAUCUGAAAUUUAGAGAGUAA